AUUGCCACAGGAAUUUAAAAGACAAAUAUAUUCUCCUUAUCUAGUUGCUUUUGAGUUUUGCAUCAUAUUGCAUUGCUCAGUCCAGCAGCCUGGAGUUAAGUAUCCGCACCUGAUUUGAAUAAGCAACUAAUGAAAGCUUAAAACUGCAGCGUUUCCUUCUCAGGAAGACUCAGCUACUAAACUAAUGGACAUGCAGCAUGAAAUGAGGCAACCUCUGGAGCCCAUCCAGGAAGAGUCGGAGCAGGAGGAUGGAAGCAUAAAAAGCAACGUGGGUGAAGAAGAGGAGGACAAUUUUGAAACUCCGGAGACAGAGGAGGUAAUGGCAGAAGAUGAGAGUGAAGAAGAAGAAGAAGAAGAAGGUAAUGAUGGGGCUUUGAGUUCCAGGCAACUCUCUCGUUCCCUCGGCCGAAAGAGUUUCUCUCAAACGCAAUCUGCCUUCAAUCACUGGAGCGAAAUGAGAAACAUCACUGCGCCCGGUUCAGCUGAUUUAACAGACGAAGCCUCAUCAUCCUGGUUGCCAGGGCACAGCCACAGGAAAUGGAGGGCGGAGGGCUUUAUGGUCCGAAAGCAACAACACAAACCACUUCGGCAGAAGAAUGUGAGGAGGAGAGGAUCGCAGAGAAAACCGGCGCCUGAGCCGUUUCCCCAGUGGGUGGUGGACUUGAUGGUCAACAUCGAGGAGGCGACAACGCACCGACUGGUGGUUGAGUAACGCCCGUCGACGCAGGCGUCACGGGCCGAGCGUGAGUCACGGGCGGCACGUCACGCAGCGACCUCGCCGGCGAUGACGGACUGGAGAGCAAACUCUGGUGUGACGAGAAAAAGGCCAGCGCUGCCGGUCAGAGGAGAGGCCCAAGUGCGUCUGCCUUUUAUUCACGGCAGGAAAUGAAAUGAAAGGAAGUGGUUUCAUAACAAAAGUUCCUGCGUUUUGUUCCCUUUUUGUCCGUAAGUCUGUGUUGGCGCGUUAAUAAAUCAAUGUAUCUGAUUGA